AUGGGACGCGGAGGAAACCAACAAAACACCUGCAGGCCAUGGAACACCACGCCCAAAAAAACGCCGGGGGUCACCGCUGCCGACGUUCUAGGAUCCGAUGCCCCUCCUCCGUACGCAACCUGGAGAUACUCUAACCUAGUUGCGUUGGGUAUCGUAGAGCCAAAACCCCCGGAAACUACAGAGACCCAGGAUACUUCUAGGAACGAAGAUAUAAACGUAGCAGAAGUGAGCUCGUCAAGUAAUCCGACUGAUAUGUUGCUCGGUCCGCUGUUCGAACUGAACGAAGCACUCGCGUCACAAAGAAAGACGAUGGAAACUGAUGACAGCACUCAAGGUCCUGAUUUGGCCUGA